UGUCAUUAGAGGCAGAUGACACACACAUACACACACACACACACACACACACAGGAAUAAUCUCACAGAGAAGCGAGGGGAAAUACAAAACGAGUGUAUGGUUGUGCGUGUGUGUGUGUGUGUAUGCUGUGAAAACCAGUGUGUUUGCCCGGCCGGCAUGGGAUGUUUAGCCGGCUCUGGACCUGUUAUGGACUGUUUUAACCAAAGCAAAGGUGCUGAUAUCUGCUGAAGAUGAGUAGUGGGAGGGGGGACACCCCAGAGCCCCCUAGAGGGGGAGACUCUCUGAAGAGGAAGGACUGUCAGUCAGACCUCCUGGGGCCCAGCCCUAAGAGGAGCACUGAGAGGAGAAACCGGGAGCAGGAGAACAAGUACAUCGAGGAACUGGCAGAGCUGAUCUUUGCCAACAUCAACGACAUGGACGACCUUAACGUCAAGCCGGACAAAUGUGCCAUCCUCAAGGAGACGGUGAAGCAGAUCAGGCAGAUCAAGGAGCAGGAAAAGGCUCCGGUGGCCGAUGCAGAGGAGGUGCAGCAAGCAGACGUCUCGUCCACAGGCCAAGGUGUUAUUGAUAAAGACACUCUUGGGCCCAUGAUGCUGGAGGCCCUGGACGGCUUCUUCUUUGUUGUCAACAUGGAAGGCAACAUAGUGUUUGUGUCGGAGAAUGUCAGCCAGUAUUUGCGCUACCAGCAGGAGGAGCUGAUGAACACCAGCGUCUACAGCGUGCUGCAUGUUGGAGAUCACACCGAGUUCAUCAAGAACCUCCUGCCCAAGAGCCUGGUCAAUCAUCGCGAUUCGUCCAACAGGAACAGCCACACCUUUAACUGUCGCAUGUUGAUCAACCCUCAUGCUGACGGUGAAGCCCGGCUGGCCUCGGAUCAGCAGGAGGCGGCGCAGCAGAAGUAUGAGACCAUGCAGUGUUUUGCUGUCUCUGAACCCAAGUCAAUCAGAGAAGAGGGGGAAGAUUUCCAGUCAUGUCUCAUCUGUGUGGCAAGAAGAGCCCCUGUCAAAGAGAGACCUGUGAUGCCCACGUAUGAGAACUUCACCACACGCCAGGAUCUUCAAGGUAAGAUCACGUCACUGGAUACUAGUCAGCUGCGGGCAUCCAUGAAGCCAGGCUGGGAGGACCUGGUUCGACGGUGCAUUCAGAGGUUCCACCUGCAGAAUGAAGGGGACAUGUCCUUCGCCAAAAAGCACCAUCAAGAGGUGUUGAGAAACGGCCAUGCGCUCAGCCCUCUUUACCGAUUCUCCCUGGCUGACGGCACCAUCGUCUCAGCACACACUAAGAGCAAACUGGUCCGAUCUCCAGGAACAAAUGAACCACAGCUAUACAUGUCCUUCCAUAUCCUGCAGAGGGAAAACGGCAGCAUGACUGCAGACACAUCUGCCAGUCAGGCUAUGGCCAAACCAAUGACUCCAACCAGUAUGAGUGUGUCCUCUCCUUCCCCUGACGCCAGUGUCACCAGCAACACACACUACGCUGCCACAGCCUCCGGCAACCUUGGACGUGGUUAUGGAGCUAUGUCAGGGCGAGCGCCUACGCCUCAGGGAAAUAGCCAUGCACAAAAGCUGGGCAGCCCUUCAGCCUUGGGAAGCCCCAGUAUCACCUCAGGGGCCCAAGGUGCCAUGUUGUCUCCUCGUCAUCGCCAGAGCCCCAGCAUGCCAGCUAGCAGCAGCAGCUGUAGUAGUCCGCAUCUCCCCCAGCACCCCCCUGGGUCUUUCUCUCCUGCAGCCAGCCUCCGAUCGCCAGCCCCUGUGUGCAGCAGCACAGGAACCAACCAAGGGUUUAACUCUCUUAGCGCACUGCAGGCUCUCAGCCAGGGCCACAGGAUUUCCCAGGGACUCAGUGAAGGACAGCACCCAGAGUCCCCUGACAGAAAACCAGUCGGCCUUCAGAGCCCUCUUCACAGCUCCAACCCCGGUAGCCAAAAAGCCAAGAACAAUAUAAGCUUAGAGGUUGACCUGUUUGGAACUUUUCAGGAGCAAGACCUUUUGACAUCCCAGAACCAGGAAGGUGAUCAGGGGGAGGGAAGAGAUGGUGACCGGGAGAGCCUGGGUGACCUUAGUGAUGCGCCAAACCAACUUCUGAACACCAAAGGCCAUACCAAGCUGCUCCAGCUGCUCACCACCAAGUUGGAGCCCUCUGAUCCCUGCUCACCAACGGGUGCUUUUGGAGAUGACCAGAUUUGUAAGGACCAGCUUGGUGGUGUAGGUGGGGUGGGACAUAACAACCACUCCACCUCUUUAAAGGAGAAACAUAAAAUUCUUCACAGGUUGCUGCAAAACAGCACCUCGCCCGUGGAGUUGGCCAAACUAACAGCUGAGGCAACCGGAAAAGAUCCCAUUGGUCCAGAGUCAGCCUCCGGGGACAGCAUGACCGCUCUGGGUGAACUCUGCACAAAACAGGAGCCAGGGAGCCCCAAAAAGAAGGACAAUGCAUUGCUUCGCUAUCUCCUGGACAGGGAUGAUAACAGCAUCCUGGAUAAAGCCAUCAAGAUAGAACCUGGUGAAGGACUGAAGCUCUCCAGCGUUAAGACUGAGAAAGCAGAAACAGGCUUUAACAUGGAGCCACAGACCAAUGAGCUGGAGGACCUGUUGGAUAACCUGCAAAGUGGUGGCCAGGAGCAGCAGCCGCUGUUCCCUAGUCAACCACCGACCAGGGGUGCUGAUCCCUCGUCAUCCUCCUCCUCUUCUGUGCCACCUGCCUCCUCUGUCGACAAACAGACCAUCAUCUCUGACAUUCUGCAGAUGAAAGACAGCGGCAGCCCGCCCAACCAGCACAGACCCUUCCCUCCCAUCGGCCCCGCAACAGGCUUUAAUGGUCCCAGGCCCAGCCAUCCGGUUCAAGGUGGUCCUCCAAUAAGGAGCAUGUCUCUUGACAGCAGCAUGGGCCCCUCCCCUCACACCAACAGGCCUUUCCCUCCUCAGCACAGGAACAGUAGCCCAUACCACUUAAUGCAACAGCAGCAGCAACAAGGCAUGAUGGGACCCCACGCGGGCAUGGCUAACCAAGCUGCAAUGACUAACACAGGAAUGCGUGGCUCCAUGCAGCAAGGGUGGAGUCCCCAGAGGCCCAUGGGGGGCUCUGCAGGCCCAGUAAUGGGCCAGGGAGUUGGACCUGGUCGUAUGGUUCCCAACAUGAAUGCUUCACUCCCUGCAAGAGGCAGUGUUCCAUCUGGAUCCAGAGCCAUGGUUAAUAUGCAGAUGAUGAGCAACGAGAUGGACAUGGCAACGCCUCCUUACCCUCAGCAGCAGGCUCCACCUAAUCAGACUGCUCCUUGGCCAGACCGAAUGAUGAUGGAUCAUUAUGGAAAUCCAAGCAGGCCACCAUACAGUGUCCCCCAGGAGGAUGGCAUGGGGUGUUGUGGCACAGGGUCUGAGGGCCAGCCAGAUGAAGGCGCUCUACUGAACCAGUUGUGUUCGGUGCUAAAGGACUACGAGGGUCUAGAGGAGAUUGACAAAAUGCUGGGAAUCCCCACAUUGGCAGGACAGGGUCAUCUGCCAGACCAGGACCAGUACCUGGGCUCCUCGGACCCAGCAGCUGGCAUGAAGCCUCCUCUCUACAGUCAACACUAUGCAGGUCAGGCAAGUUAUGGUGGCAUGCCUCCUGAUAGUGGUUAUCACGGCCAAUCUAUGGGAAGCCACAUGGGGGCUCAGAGAAUGCCGCACACAUGUUAUCCCCCAAUGAUGAGAAUGCCUGGAGUUGCAGGGCCGAGGCAGGCUGGCAUACGACCAGGGGGGCCUAAUCCUAUGAUGCCCCCACAGCCCAAUAACCUAAGGCUUCAGCUGCAGCACAGACUCCAGGCUCAGCUGAACCGACAGCCAAUGGUGAACCAGAUGGGUGGAGUCUCCAACAUGAAUCUACCUCUACGGUCUAAUGUACCAAACCAGGGAACCCUCAACUCUGAGAUGAUGGCCCAGCGGCAGCGCGAGUACCUCACCAACCACCUACGCCAACGCCAACAACAGCAGCAGCAGCACAUGCAGCAGCAGCGUGCCAUGAUGAUGCGCACUCAGGCCAUCAACAUGCCACCCAAUAUGCCCACUGGGGGCGCUGCUCCUACGCCAAUGCCCAUGGGUGGUACCAACCCACGGCUCCCGCAGGGCAACCCGCAGCAGUUCCCCUACUCGGCCUCCAGCUACGGUACAGGCCUGCCCUCUCCUCCUCAUCCAAGCUCCUCCAGCCCCUUCUCCUCCCCUCACUCCCCCAGCCAUCAUCUGGCUAGUCAGGGCAUGAUGGGAAAUGUGGGAGGGCAAUACAGAGGUGUAAUGAGUCCGCCAUCACACCACAGUCCCUUCCACUUCAGCAGUGCAGGAAUGAGCCAGCAGCAGCAGCAGCAGCAACACCAGGAUCCAGUGUCCUGUUUUCCAUGCGGGGCCACCACGCCACAGAGCCCCUUGCUGUCCCCCAGAAUGGGGCAGGGUCAGAGCCCUAUGUUGCAGCAAAACCAAGGUCCACCCCAAACCCAACACCAGGGUCCGAACCAGGGAGGACCUCCCAGCUAUCAGCCUAGUGCCGACCUCAACGGAUGGCCUCAGCCUGCCAACAUCACCAGCAGCAACAGCGUCUACCCCCAACAGUCUCAGUCUCACUACUCCACACAACCCAGUGGAGGAAUGUACAGUGGCAACAACAACAUGAACCUUGCCAUGGGCAAUAAUAGCAUGAACCCAAUGUCUGGACAGAUGAGCUCCAUGGCCUCUAUGAAUACAGAACAGGGCAAUGAAAGCAGCCUUAUCCUGGAACAGAUAACAGGGAUUGACAUGCUGACUCAAGAGGGUGAAUCCAAUUCUAAUUUUUGCUGACCCCACCCUGCAGUUGAGACGAGCAGUGAGGGAAUGCAAAAACACUGACACCCAUUCAGCUCAGCUCACAGAGACGUAUGAAGGACUUGAUGAGAACACUGCCCCUCUGUCACACCAGGCAACUCAGAGGCUCUAUAGCGCGAGGACAACCGAGACAUGUGCAAACUUCAGGACUACAUUCACAGUGGGUUUAGUCACUGCUCAACAUUUUAUGCAAGCAAAAGUCUGACAUUACAGGGAAACUGCCAUCUGAACCAUCCUGACAGCAAAUGCCCAACGUGAGGAUAAUCCUGAAAACCCCCAGCUAUUUGUGGUUUUUAGGUUUUCAAUGUAACUUAUUCUUAGAUUGAUAUCAGCUAAUCAACAUGUGAUAUGUAUCUGUAAGCUGUAGUCAAAUCAAACACUGUAUUCACAGUAGUCAAACACUCAAGAGGACUUUUAAAACAGAAUUUUUAAAAAAUAGUUAAUAAAAGUACUGAAAGGUGUUCUGUGUAGCAUUUUUAAAAAGUUUUCAAGCUUUGUUUUUCUUAUAGUUUAAAAAGAA